AUGCUCGAAGUGUGUGAAUGCAGAUCUGCGAGACCUGAAUCUCCACCAACGUCAACUCCCUACUCAUACACGCCGCUAGAUACUCCGGAUCAAUUUCGAACCAUUCGGCUUUUACCUGCGGAAUCGUUUGAAGCUCCCAUUGAAUGCCAGAUUUGUAUAGCAAAUCUCUCCCAUGGUUCUUCCUAUGAAGCGCUUUCAUAUGCUUGGGGAAGUAGCUCUCGAGAGAAUUCGAUAAAAUGCAACGGCCAAGAUUUGUUCGUGACCCCUAAUCUACUACGGGCGUUGAAGAGGCUACGCCCAAUCUCUACACGCAGCAUAUCGAAUCCGGGACCUCUUAAUCUAUGGGUAGAUGCUAUCUGCAUUGACCAAGAGAAUCGGAAGGAAAGAGCUCAUCAAGUCGGCAUCAUGAAGAGGAUCUAUCAACUCGCCUCGAAAGUUGUUGUAUACCUCGGAGAGGAUGUCAACUUCAAGGACAGUGUCCCAAGUAUACGAAUGUUGUGGCUGCUCGACUCCUCCUGGUAUACUAGGAUGUGGACUCUGCAAGAAUCUUUACUUAACCCGAACACGAUCGUCAGGCACGGCGAGACUAUGCUCUCAUGGGAAGAUCUCGAGAUCGGGUUCCGGUCAUUACCUCCCAGUUUUCGUUACAACGCAGCGCAGCGGAAUGCUAUUCUCCGCGUCCAAACUACUAGAGAGUUGAGACUGCAGUUUCGAGAACUGCAGGGGUUUGUCCAGCAUCCUCAGCCCACAGACCGCACAAUCGCCGAUCGUUUGUCCCGCAUGCUAUCUCUGUGCCAGUACUUUGAAUGUGGAGAUCCGAGAGACAAAGUCUUCGCCAUCCUCGGCCUUGUCGAUAACUUAGAUUUCAACGCACUACCCGAGCUAAAUCCGGACUACAACACUCCCGUUACGGAGAUAUACCGACGUUUCGCAUUGUUCAUUAUCACC